CUGAGCCACCCAGGUGCCCCUGUUUGUUUCAUUUUCUAAAGCCCCUCCCAGAUGUUUCAUUUUUUUAAUUGCCUAAACCUGGCAAGAAUUUCUUGCCACUCCCUGAUAGCUGCUUGAGAAUCCUUUACAAAAAUAGUUUACAUGCGCAGAAAUACAAAAAAGGAAACCAUUUAACUUGAUGAUAAUACACCACCCAGAUAACUCAAAUACCUAACAGAAAUUUUCAUUGAAUUGUUUGGUUUGGCCAAGUUAACUGGCCAAACCCCUUCAGUUACAACAUAUAAUUACUCUUCUUUCUUACACUUGUUUGUUGAUCCUUAUCAAUUGCUACAACAUUUCCUCUCCUUCAUUUAUAAGCUAAACCCCAUAGUUCAACCAAGAAGGUCAAUUACCUUGAAAAGGUUGCAUGUCACUGUGCUGACAGAGUAGAAAACAAAUAUCAAAGGAAAGAGUUGGGCUGCUGCAAUCUGUUGGAUGCUGAGUACUUUGAAGCAGCCCCGAACCCGUAACACUAAGGAACUGAUUCCAAGCCACCUUUCAAAAACUAAAAAUCUCCAGAAGGGUGAGUAGUUGAUAAACAAUUUAAGGGGGGAACUCUUAUUUAAAGCUUAUAACACUAAGGAUAAUUCUGUGAAACGAUAUUGCAAUCUACUUGGUAAAACUCUUAAAAGCAGAUUUUUUAUCUUUUCUUCAAGAGAUCAUGGGAAUAUCUAGCGUUUUAGUUUAAAAUAUGUAACUUCCUUUCCUGGUCCCAUAUUUGGGUUUGUUCUACUGUAUCUGGAUUUGUUCCAGCAUAUCUGUGGAAGCAGGCAACUAAUAAUCUUUACUCAGCAUUUCUUAUAUUUCUUGGAUGAAAAUGGAAUGGAUUGAUUGGAUUAAUGGCUAGAGCUUUAUUUAUUUUAAAGAUUUUGUUUUCUUAAGUAAUGUCUACACCCGAUGUGGGGCUCAAACCCACAACCCCAAGAUUGAGAGUUGCAUACUUUACCAACAGAGCCAGCCAGGUGCCCCUAAUUGUUAGAAUUUUACAAGGCACUUGGGAUUUCGCCAUUUUCUUUGUAUACCGACGAAAACUUCUUAUAACUCUACAGAAAAAUAAAUGAGGCAGUGUGAGGUUGGGAAAGAAGGACAGAGAACUAGGAGUUCUAAUCCAGACCAGGUUCUGGAAUUAGAGCUUCACUUUUCUCUACUGUAAAAUUAGAGGCUGAAGAAGCUAUUUAAAGCUUCUUCCAAAACUUCUUGACCUAACAGAAAUGCUUAUCAGUUACCGACAUAACUAACCAGUGUAUCCUGAUUUUUAAAACAUGUUUUCAUUUGUGAUUUAAAAGAAAUAUGGAAGUCUGAAUUAAGGCAGAUAGCCCUUCAAGGCCAGGUAAGAACUGAUGAAUUGACAACAAAGUCAUGUUUUGAAUUUAAUAUACUGAUACCCAAGUGCCCAGAAAAAUAAUUGCUAGUCUACUGUCCGUGAAUCUACUGGAAAGCCCUGUUAAUGACACAACUUGGGAUUUCACAGACAUCUGAGUUAGCCAGCACCAUUCUGCUGGAGGGUGGGGAGUAGACUGGACGCUCUAGGCAGGGUUAGGAACGUUAUAAUUUAAGCAACUAAAGAAAGGCCCCCGGCAGUAGGGCCUCUUCCGUGGUCGGUGAUGAGGUCUCGCAGCGGGAGAAGCAAAGCCGCCCCAAACUCCCAGGGUGGUCCUCCUCAAACGAGGCUCUGGUUCCCGGAAACGUUCGCCAAUAUGUAUGUGGAGGGGUAGACGGCCCCCUACAAUUUACAUCAAAACGCGCGCGCAGGGUUGAUGGGCGCUGCCUGCGCCGCCCCAAGGCCGCUGCUCACCGCAGAGCCCCGCGCCGCGGAGAAACCUCCGGGCCAGCCCUCCCGCGCUGACGGGCGUCGCCGCGAGCCAAUGGGCGCGCUGGGAGGCGGGGCAGCGAGGCCGAGGGGGCGGGAUUUCCCGCGCGGCCGCUCGGCUCCUGGCAAGAGCGGCGCGGACAGCGACGGCGGCCGCGCCUGCAAGAGAGGGCGGGUCGGGGUCAGCUGCUACAGGCGGGCGGGCGGGCGCGGGGAGCUGUGGGCGGCUGCUGUGUCUCCUGCCGCCGCCCUCCCUCCGCCACGAUGCCGGGAAUCGACAAGCUGCCCAUCGAGGAGACGCUGGAAGAUAGUCCGCAGACAAGGUCUUUACUGGGUGUAUUUGAAGAAGAUGCUACAGCUAUUUCCAACUAUAUGAACCAGUUGUAUCAAGCUAUGCAUCGGAUUUAUGAUGCACAGAAUGAAUUAAGUGCAGCAACGCACCUGACUUCAAAACUUUUAAAAGAAUAUGAAAAACAGCGUUUUCCGUUGGGGGGUGAUGAUGAAGUUAUGAGCUCUACUUUGCAACAGUUUUCCAAAGUUAUAGAUGAGCUUAGCUCUUGUCAUGCAGUACUUUCAACGCAGCUUGCUGAUGCCAUGAUGUUUCCCAUUACUCAGUUUAAAGAAAGAGAUCUAAAAGAAAUAUUGACAUUAAAGGAAGUGUUUCAGAUUGCUAGUAAUGAUCAUGAUGCUGCAAUUAACAGAUAUAGCCGGUUGUCUAAAAAAAGAGAAAAUGACAAGGUAAAGUAUGAAGUCACAGAAGAUGUCUACACUUCCAGAAAAAAACAACACCAGACCAUGAUGCAUUAUUUUUGUGCAUUAAAUACUCUUCAAUACAAAAAGAAAAUAGCGUUGUUAGAACCUCUACUCGGGUACAUGCAAGCUCAGAUAAGUUUCUUUAAGAUGGGUUCUGAAAAUCUCAAUGACCAGCUGGAAGAAUUCUUGACUAAUAUUGGAACAAGUGUACAGAAUGUUCGUAGGGAAAUGGACAAUGAUGUAGAGACCAUGCAGCAGACAAUAGAAGAUUUGGAGGUAGCCAGUGACCCCUUAUAUGUGCCUGACCCAGAUCCCACGAAAUUUCCUGUUAAUCGAAACUUAACCCGGAAGGCUGGAUACCUUAAUGCUAGGAAUAAAACAGGCUUGGUGUCAUCUACCUGGGACAGACAGUUUUACUUCACGCAGGGUGGAAACUUAAUGAGUCAGGCGCGUGGGGAUGUGGCAGGCGGCCUGGCCAUGGACAUUGACAACUGCUCAGUAAUGGCUGUGGACUGUGAAGACAGGCGAUACUGUUUUCAAAUCACUUCCUUUGACGGAAAAAAAUCUUCAAUUUUGCAAGCAGAAAGUAAAAAAGACCAUGAGGAGUGGAUCUGUACAAUAAAUAACAUAUCCAAACAAAUAUAUUUAAGUGAAAAUCCGGAGGAAAUUGCUGCACGUGUAAAUCAGUCCGCUUUGGAGGCCGUCACUCCUUCCCCGUCUUUCCAGCAGAGGCACGAGAGUCUGCGGCCGGCAGCACAAUCUCGGCCACCGACAGCUCGAACUAGCAGCUCGGGAUCCUUAGGAUCUGAGUCCACAAAUUUGGCUGCCCUUUCUCUAGAUUCUCUCGUUGCUCCAGAUACUCCAAUACAGUUUGACAUCAUUUCUCCUGUGUGUGAAGAUCAGCCUGGCCAGGCAAAAGCCUUUGGCCAGGGAGGCAGGCGCACAAAUCCAUUUGGAGAAUCUGGAGGAGGUACAAAAUCUGAAACUGAAGAUUCUAUUCUUCAUCAGUUAUUUAUUGUCCGAUUCCUUGGUUCUAUGGAGGUGAAAUCAGAUGACAAUCCAGAUGUUGUUUAUGAAACAAUGAGGCAAAUCUUAGCUGCCCGGGCCAUCCAUAACAUCUUUCGUAUGACAGAAUCACAUUUAUUAGUCACUUGUGAUUGUUUAAAGUUAAUUGAUCCACAGACACAAGUUACAAGGCUCACAUUUCCAUUACCCAGUGUAGUUUUGUAUGCUACACAUCAGGAAAAUAAGAGGCUUUUUGGAUUUGUUCUUCGGACAUCAGGAGGGAGAAGUGAAAGUAAUCUGUCAUCAGUCUGCUAUAUAUUUGAAUCAAACAAUGAGGGGGAAAAGAUUUGCGAUUCUGUUGGUCUGGCAAAACAGAUAGCUUUGCAUGCAGAACUGGAUCGUCGGGCAUCAGAAAAACAAAAAGAAAUAGAGAGGGUAAAAGAGAAGCAACAGAAAGAACUCAGCAAACAAAAACAAAUUGAAAAGGACUUAGAAGAACAAAGUCGGUUGAUAGCUGCUUCCAGUAGACCAAACCAAGCCAGUAGCGAGGGGCAGUUUGUUGUCCUUAGCAGUAGCCAGUCAGAAGAGAGUGAUUUGGGAGAAGAAGGAAAGAAAAGAGAGUCAGAAGCAUGAACUUAUCCUUGCUUUUUGGUUGGUAUUCAUUCCCCCCUUGAAAUUUAUUGACAGUUUCUGUGGUGAAAUGGCACAAGGUAACAACUAUGUUGAAAUAUCAAGGAGACUAAAGUUUAUAUUUGCUUGUUUGUUUUAACUUCAUUUUUUAAAAUAAGAUUGAUCUUGAUCACUAGGUUUGCAUUGAUUUUUUUUUCCUUAAAAAUAAUAUACUAUGCAGUAACAUCAAAUUCCACGUGUCAAAGAGAAACCUGUUCAUCUCCUUGAAGUAGAUUGCUGAGGAAUUAUACUUGCUCAAGCCUUUUUUCCUUCAAAUUGUGAACUUCCUAUCUUGCAUUGUAAUUGGCUCUGACCAUAAGAUACCUUUUAUUCUUCAGCUUCAGAUAUUCAUGGAUAUGCUCCCUCUAAAUUAGGAACAUUUUUGCUGGCAGUGAGGAAGCUUUCGACUGAAUCAGUUCAAAACCCUUUAUACAGAGAAUUCUACAAGUUUGCAAAUAUUUUAAUUAUUAAAUGUGCAAUAGAACUUUUAUAUAAAAUAAUUAGAAAAAAGAUUUUAGACUUAAAGUUUCAAAUUGUGGCAGGUGGUACUGUGAUUUCAGGGCACUUUCUUGGAUUGUUCACAUUUCUCUGAUGUGAGCAAUUUCUUCUUUCCCAUCUGAUGCCAGUGGGAAAGAAGCUUAAGUGUCUUCAGUUCAGGAUUGAUACAGCCCGUGGCAUUUAAUUAUCACAUUCUUAGUUCUCAGGUUGGGACUUGAAUUAUUGCUGCAGAGCAGCAAUGAUUAAAAUAAGAUUUUGGAAUUUAUUAAAAGGGAUUUUUUUUUGUUCAAGUACAUUUUAGAUUAGGACUUAACAUGUAAAGACAUUGUUACAGGAUAAACGUAUUUUCUGCAUUACGUGAAAUAAUUUUUAUUGAAAAUCAAGUGACAUUUCAAAAGAAAUUCUGUAACAGUUGUUUCCUGCUUAAAGUAAAAAUGCCCAGAGUUUAGUUUAGAAAAUGUAAUCUUUUACAUUUCAGACUGAUAUGCACAGUAUUUUCAUAAUUCCAUGUUUUGAUAAAAUACUGAUCACCAAUUUAUAUCCACGAAGGCAAAUAACUAAUAUAUGAGAAUAGAAUAAUUUGCACUAAUUAUUGUAAAUACUUGUACUCUCAAAUGAGUAAAAGGUCUAAUUCCAUGAAAGACUGAAAAGAAAUUGAAUGUUUGGUUUAAGAGUGACCAAGGAAGGAUUUUAGUUUGGUGCCAAGGUUAAAAUGACAUUUCCCUACUGCCGUGUCAAAACUUGAUUUUUUUUUGAACAUUGCUGAUAGAAAUUAUGUUUCCUUUGUUUCACAUGUAAAACUAUAUAGAAACAAGUUAAAUAUAUUGAAUAAAAUAGAGAGUCAUGCAUCUAAAAUUUCAAGAGAUUAGCCACUUCACAACUAAUUAUACAAGGGAAAAGCCCUUUGUUCUUUGAUACAGUCUUGUCUUCGUUCUGAAUUAGAGACGGCAUCUAUUUUAGCUCCCUCAGUACAGUGUGGUUGUUUCACACUGUACGCACGCUGCUUUCUGUGGAAGGGGGUAAUUACAUAUAGGAUCAGGAUAUUCUUUGUAUCCAUGUGCCAAAUGGGAAUAAUGAUUACUUGAUAAUCAUUAUUUUGAAUCCUUAUAUUCACAAAACAUACAGUAACAAAGUAGAAAUUUAUGGAAUACUUUUUGAAGAAAGUUGACUUUGUGCUUACUUUGGGAAUGCUUUCACAAUAGUUGGUGUAUCAUUCCUUUGGUAGAAGUUGAAAUUUCUGUGGUCAGCCCUUGAUUCAUCAUGGUAGGUCCUGCUGUUAAGACCUUUUUGAGAAUUAGCUCUCUGUUUCAUAAAGUCUUGUUUAUGCUAUUAAGUUGUCACCUCACUUAGUUCAGAUGAAACUUGUCACCCUACAAUGAAGGUGGUCAGCUUUAGGAGGCAGUUUCACUAGGCCGGUGCUGUGCCUGGUAAUGAGGUGCUGCCCUUUGUUAGUUCGCUGGGUCAAAGUGAAGGCUAGGGUCAAAGACACUGGCAGACUUCGGGAUGCUAGACAGACCUGUAGUUCCUUUUAAGUCCUGUUUUGAUAGGAAUUUCUACAAUAACACACCCAUUUCCACAGAUCAGACCAAAGAGCCUUCCAACACCAAAUAGAAAUCGUGUGUGGGAUUAACAGUUUUAGAUAUUUCAACUUUUGGUCCAUUGCUAUAGAACUAUACGAACUUUGCAUACUGCAGAUAUUUAGGCAUCAACUUUAAAAAACUCUUCUCGUCGGAGAACCUUUUUGUUUGAAGAAGGCUGCCUGUGUGUUUCUGCAUAAUGUUAAAGCUGAUCUUGGUUUGUUAUGCUUUGAAAUCCCUUCUGGCUCUUGGGUGCUUUGAUGGUAAUUGAAUUAGAAUUUGGGAUAGCUUUCUCCGAUUCAAACUUCUACUUGAUGGUUUUAGAAACUAACAAAAUUGAUUCUUAAAAGAAAGUCUACCUAAUUCAGCUAUGCACUCUGCUACCUAUAAGAACAGUACUUUUGUAACGAUGGUAAUGAAGUCGAUAAGAAACUAAUUACUGCUUCUCCCUUUAAAAAUUUUAAAACUGUUAACAAAGGGCUGAACAGAGUCCCCAAAGCCAGGCUAGUUUUUGUCAUUUCUACAAUGAUUAGUUUGUGUUUAAUUUCAAAAGAAUUCUCAGGCCCUAGGGGUGGUAAAAUUAUUACUUUUAUGCUUGGGGAAAAGGGUAUUAGGGUAUGCAUAACAUUCUACGUAACAUACAGUCUUAUGUGGUAAAGGCAUCUGAGUUACUUUUGAGUUAUGUGUAGGAACUACAAAUAUUUAAGAUUUAAAUCCUACUAUAAAUGCUGACAGAUCCUAAGAUCCUGUGUAUCGCAAAACCUUCUGCUACCUGAAUUAAUAAAAUGAAAAUACUAACAUUGGUUUUGACAACAACCUCCUAGCAUUCAAACUGUAUUUUAAAUAUUCAAAAACACUGAUUGUAGCAAGCAAGCCUUUCAUUUUAUUUUAAGCAACUUUGGCUUACUCUUCUUUCAUGAAUUUUGUUCUUCUGCAUUAAUAACACCUAAAGAUUUGAAACUGGACCCCCAUGUACUACACUUUUUACCUAGUCUCUUGCAGCUGGUUGUACUCAUGUAAUUUACUUCAGCUAAUACAAGAACUGGGGUUAAGUUAUAACUAAUGUGCAAAAAACUGCUCUGUAUAUUUGGUGAUUUUGUAAUGUUAGUGAAUUGGUUCUUAUCUCACUGAUACUGUUAAUCAUGCAUAUAUACAAUUAAAAAUCAUGCUACAUUUCCCUUUAGAAUUGAAGAGCUCAACUUUAUGUAAUGGUGGUAUACAUGUGGGGUGGAGAGCUUAUUUUUUUCAUUUUGUCAAAGUAGGUAUUCUCUGACAAGGCUUCAGGAUAUAUGCUUUUAGGAGAUUUUUAAUGUAUAAUAAAGUCCAUGAUUUUUGUAUAGUCUUUUUUGUAUGAAGUAUUUGAUAUAUACUCUGAAUUUUAUUUCUCCAAGUAAUUCCAAAUGAUGCUUGUGAAACAAAUGGACUUUUUCUUAGUAUGUUAUGACACUUACAAUUACACAUCUAGCCCCACUGCAAUUCCCUAACAGCUACAAUGAAAAAAAAA